UCUGAGUCCUCACCCGAAGUCUUCACCCACUCCCAACCACAGACCAGCAAGCCAAAAUAAUCACGAUGCCAGUAGACGACUCAGACCCCUUCCAAUCCUCGACCCGCCCCCCCCGUUCCCAAUCCAAAAACAACCCUUCUCGUUUCCUCUCCGUCUCCACCUCCACCCGCCCCAACUCCAAAUCUUCAUCAGGCCACCAUAGCAGCAUCAAACGUAACCGGUCCGCUACAUCUCUACGCGAUUCGAUAUCUGGGAACGGCGAUUCUCUCGAGGCUUUGGUAGGAUUGGGCGGAGGCGGAGGAGGGGGUGGUGGAGGUGGGGCAGGUGGAGGAGGAAGCAGGUUCUCGUUGGCGCAUGAGUUGGCUGUUGCGCUAUUGCCGGAACCGAGUGCGGGGUCGAAGAUGCUCGCGGAGGAGUUUGGGAUCGAGUAUGACGAGGGCGCGGAGGGCAUUGACGGAGAUGGGGUCGUGUCUAGUCCUUCUGCUGGGACCACACUUGAGGUCGCACUCGGAACGCCACACUCUACUUCGAUGUCAACACUUUCUUCGCCUGGGGGAGGUGCUCUCGGCUCAAGGGACAUAAACAGGGAUGUCGAUCCUUCGUUUGGAAGCCCCGUGCGCUCGUCUUCUACACCACGUCGAGGCUCGGGACCUCCGCAACCGGAUGCGAUGGCGAUAUUAUCGCAGAGUUUGGAGAGCACGGAGAAGUUCCUCGAUCAUCUUCGUCGACUGGAUACAGACUCCUACGCCACUGCUACGUCUCCUUCUUUCCCUGGAUCAGCCUCUCAUCGGCAACAGGCUUUAGAAAACAUCACCCUCGAUAUGAUUAGAAAGAUAGAGGAGACGACGAGGAAUAGGGAGGAGCAGGUGCGGGAACUGUUGGAGUACGAGAGGGAAUUCAGGAGGAUUGCGGGUGAGGCUGGUGGGAACGAUGCCCUUGCGAGCCUCGACGAAUUGGACCCAGUGGAAGACCUGAUGGACAACCCCGCCCCUACUACACCUGACGAUCCGACGUUCCUUACUUCGCCCACGCCCGCUCAGACGUCGUUCUCGGAAUCAGAACUUCAACCGCGUUCACGCUCUCACACACGCGGCCAGAACUCAUUGCAUCUGCCGCCUCCGCCACCGAUAACUCAGCCACUCACGCCAGCUAAAACGAUUCCCCAACUUGCGCAUCUGAGGACCUGUACGGCGUCUCUCAUUAGCAGCCUUUCGACGAUUUCGGAGCAUGCACAGGUGAACGGCGCGAAGACGACGGAUGCAGGACGGAAGAUCAGGGCGCUGAAGAAUAAGCUGGGUGGGUGGAGACAGGAGUGGGAGACGGCGGAGAGGAGCAGGGUGAGGAUUGAGAGAUGGGAUGCUGGGUUGGCUGAUGGAGAUGCACUCACGAGAAGGGUGGAUGGGCGAGCGUUCGUCAAGGAGCAUUUGGAGGCGUUUGAGAAGGCGCUGGUGGAGGCGAAUGUGAAGACGCAGGCGAUCAUGGCAGCUUCUUAGAUGUGUUCUGCUUACCUCAGUUCAGGUCUCAACCGUCUUGCUCGAUCACGACGACGACGAUAUAUCCCCUCCAUACUUUCACUCUUUUCUUUCGUCGUCGAAUAUCUAAAGGUUUCUCAAGGUUCACGUUUACAAUUACACUUACAGCGCUGUUCUGCACACUACUACAAUCCUUGACUUAUAUGCAUCCAUAGUCUCUCUUUUCUUACUCUCCUCUCCUCGUCCAUUUUUCUACGCCGCACAACGUAUACGUUUCUCUUAUGAUGACCUUCACUCUUUCCGUGCUCAUAUUUCUUUGAUCUGGUGUUCAAACCACUUUACAGCUUCGGGGUACAUACUAGGGUACAUCUGUAGCAUGAGGUGCGCGAAUACAUGGAUAUCCAACCGUCUGUUGUUUUCC